AUAAAUCCGCGGAAGACCAGCUUUGGCAUUACUUUACAAUUUUUAAAUAACAACUCCACAUCAGAGGCGUGAAUUGCAAAAAUUUUGGGCCCCGAACCAUCAAGAACAUUCCAAGCCAGUAUAAAAGUCGCUCGCCGAACUACUUUUUAAUACAAUCGAACCACUGAGCAACUACGACGCAGUUGGACGUGCACCAAAAAUAAAAACUCGACGCAGCAGCUACCUAUAAAAAUAGUUUGAAAAUGCCCGAGAAAUUGCUGAAAAUCACCUAUCAGGGCCCAGACGUGGCUGGACCCCAAAAGAAGCUGAAUGCAUACUUGAGAAUGCCUUCACAGAAUUUCAACAUAUUGCGUCGCGAAAUUGAGAUGUAUCUGUUCCAGGAGCGCCAGCUGGCCAGGUGUGAGAUCAGGACCUUCUGGAUUGAUCACGACCACGAUGAAAUCGAAAUUGUCAAUCAAAAUGAUUACGAAGUAUUCCUGGCCAAACGCGAGGAGAAAAUGCAUCUGCAGAUUGCACCGCUUGUCCCUGUGGUGGAGGAGUCGCAGAAGGCUAGGGCCGAGGCUGCCGCCACGGCUGCUCCUCCCUCUGCCGAUGACCCGAGCAAUUUCGUCAUCCAUGACGCCGUUGAGUGUGACGGCUGUGGCUUGUCGCCAUUGGUUGGAUUCCGCUACAAGUGUGUCCAAUGCCCGAACUUUGACCUUUGCCAACGCUGUGAGGCAGCUCACAAGCAUCCAGAUCACUUGAUGGUCCGCAUGCCCACCAAUAACGGGCCCAGUGUGGUGGAGGCUUGGAUAAGUGGCGCGAAUAAAUGUGGCCGGCGCUCGGGCCACCGCUUCCGCGGGCACUGCCCGUUCGGAGAGGCUGCUCAGGCAGCAGCAGCUGCUCCAGCAGCAACAGCUGAAUCGCCCAGGGAGGGUCGCCGCGAGCGUCGACAUGCCCGGCGCCAUGGCAACGUAUUGUCCCAGUUUGUGGACAUGAUGAUCAACAUGCCGGAGAACAACACUCCAGCCACUUGUGCGUCUCCAGCACAACAGCCCAAGGAGAAGGAGCCAACAAAGGCUCCUUCUACUGUGGAGCCCACAGCAACGGCCCAAAAGGCAACCGAGACCGAAUCAAAGCCAACCGAAAACAAGCAGACCAACACUGCUGCUCCAACUAAGACCGAAGAGCCAGUGGCUGCUCCACGCACUAAGGAGUCAGAGCCAUCCGAGGCCCAGGCCCAGGCUAGCACUCCCACUACUCCAGUUAUUAAUCUGGAAAGUCUUUCGCAGAUGGUGCCACCUGAGUACAUGCGUGCCGGCAUUGAAAUCUUGAACAAUUUCAGCGAAAUGUUUGCCAAGAUGAUUGAUCCCACUGAGUCGCCAAAUUCUGGUAGCUAUGCAGCUUCGACAGCUUCAUCCACUGAGGCCGGGAAACCAGCCUCGACAGCUUCAUCCACUGAGGCAAAGAAACCAGAACCAGAGCCAGCAACCAAGCAGGCUGAAUCAGCCAACCGAUCGACAGCAGCCUCUUCUGUCUCGUCGUCAGGUCUGGCUUCCCUUGAAACAGAACCCUUGUUGCCCAAGCCAACUGACAGUCCAGUGGCCGCCGAGCCGGUGAGGGAGCGCCGCUCAGAUAGCUUGGAUCCCGACUGGCAAGUGAUUGAUUCGCUAAUCACUCUGGACCCACAGGAGCCCACAGUUGCUCCACAGGGGCCUGUGCGCGAUUUCGGUCAGUUGGGGGAGCUCCUGCGUCAGCAUAUGCAAGAGGAAGAGCAACGCGAGCAGGCCACAGUCAACACCCAGACUUCCCAGGUUGAUACAGUGAGCACUUCGACUUCCACAUCGGUUCCCACCAAUAGCAUCGGCACCUCUCCAGCAGCCCCUACUGCCCCCGAAGAGAAGCGUACUCCGAUAGUCUAUCAUAACGAUGAACGCAUCAACGACUCCAUACACGCCAUGAUGGCCAUGGGAUUCAGCAAUGAGGGCGCCUGGUUGACCCAGCUACUGGAGUCGGUCCAGGGCAAUAUACCAGCUGCUCUUGACAUUAUGCACAAUUCGCAGAGUCGCAACUAAAUAUAUAUUUUAAAUAAACGUAAAUAUAUUAAUUAUACUCGUAUAUAUAUAUUCAAUAACUGUAGCAUCCAUUCAAAAAUGUAGUUAUAGGAUUUGAUCCUUUGGUGAUUGAUUAACAGCGUUAAAAGCAACAACAACAAUAUGUAGAAAAUUUUAUGUAUUUUAUCUCUCAAAUAAUCAAAAGUAUAUUAUCACAUGCAGCUCUGUAUAAUUAUGUCAAAUACCAUUAAAGGCACAACAAAUAAACAAC